CUCUUUCUAAUAUUUAUUUCUUGAAUGUAUACAUACGCAGCACGUGGUUAUUUUCGAGAAACUGUUAAAUAAAAUGUCGCGGCUAAUAGUAAAAAAUUUGCCGAAAAGUGUGACAGACACUAAACUGAAAGAAUUGUUUAGUGAAAAGGGUAUUGUGACCGAUGUGCAGUUGAAGUAUACCAAAGAUGGAAAGUUUCGACGAUUUGCAUUUAUAGGAUACAAGACAGAGGAACAAGCAAAAUUGGCAGAGUCUUUUUUUGAUCAAACAUAUAUUGAUACGUGUAAAAUAUUUGUUGAGCAAUGUGCAGCUUUAGGUGAUUCCUCAAAGCCAAGAUCAUGGAGUAAACAUGCGAAUGAUAGCUCUUCUAGUAAAAUUAAUAAAGCUGUUGAUAAAUCAAAUGAAAAAUUGACAGAUUUUACAGAAAAGGAUAAUAUAAAAGAAAAUAAAACUGAUAAAAAGAAGGAAAAAGAGAAUGCAGAUAAAAAGAAUAAGGAUGAAAUUCGGAAAGCACUUACCAAGUAUAAGGAUGAUCCUUUAUUCAUGGAAUUCCUUGAAACACAUACUGGUAAUGAUGUAGCAAUUUGGAAAAAUGAUAUUGAUAUAUCUAUGGAAGCUGAAAAAGAAAAGUCGGAUGAUGAUGAAUCUGAAGAUGACAAAGAUGAAUCUAAGGAAAAUAAAGAUGAAAAAGAAGAAGAGGAAAAUAAAGAAGAGAAAAAGAUUGCGAAUAAAGUUAUAUCAGAUUUAGAGUAUAUAGAGGCAUUAAAGAAAAAGCAACAGAAUGUAAAAAGCGAAGAAAAAUCUCUGACCAACAAUGUGCCAAAACAUGGUCCGUUAACAUUCUUCACUGUAAAAUUACGAGGACUUGCAUAUAAGCAUGUAAAAAAGCAUAUUAAACAAUUUUUUCAUCCUGUAAAAAUUGCAUCUAUACGAAUUCCACCUAAAAUUAAAGGUAUUGCUUAUGUGGGUUUCAAAACAGAACAAGCCAUGAAGAGAGCUCUUCUGAAAAAUAAAAGUUUUCUAGAAGGAAAGCAGAUAUUUGUAUCCAAAUAUGAGCGAAAAGAGACAACUAAAUCUAAUGAAAAUUCAAAUGAUAAAAAUAUUAAAUGGAAAAAACAAGAAGAUGCCUUGAAAAAUGAAGAGAAUAUAGCGGAAUCUGGAAGAAUGUUUAUUAGAAAUCUGACAUAUACAAUUACAGAAGAUGAUAUAAGAAAAUUGUUUGAAAAAUAUGGUCCCCUAUCUGAAGUGAAUUUACCUGUGGAUAGAGUGACUAGGAAACCAAAAGGAUUUGGCACGGUAACUUUUUUGAUGCCAGAACAUGCUCUAAAGGCUUAUAGUGAACUGGAUGGUACUGUACUAGAUGGUAGAAUGUUACAUAUUCUUCCUGCUAAAAUGAAAGCUUCCUUGGAAGACAUUGAUAUGGAAAAUUUAACUUAUAAGCAAAAGAAGGAGCUGCAAAAUAAGGCAACGGCGGGUUCAUCGCAUAACUGGAAUACAUUGUUUCUUGGACAGAAUGCUGUAGCAGACGCUAUUGCGAGUUGCUACAACACGACAAAGGAGAAAUUAUUAGAAGAUGGAUCAAAUGGAAUGAGCGCCGCAGUCAAACUGGCACUAGGAGAGACGCAGCUGGCUCAAGAUACAAAAGCUUUCUUAGAAGAAAACGGCGUCUGUUUGAACGCUUUCAAUCAAGCACCAAAAAAAAGGUCGACCACUAUAAUCUUAAUAAAGAAUUUACCGGCUCAAACAAAAUCGAGCGAAAUCCGAGAAAUGUUUGCUAAGCACGGAGAACUCGCACGUAUCGUAAUGCCACCGGCGGGAAUAACAGCAUUGGUCGAAUUUCUAGAACCAUCCGAAGCACGCAAAGCUUUUCAUGCAUUGGCUUAUAAGAAAUAUAAGCAUCUACCAUUAUAUCUAGAAUGGGCGCCAGAUAACAGUUUCACCAGACCUGCGUCUAAGACUGACAUGAUUAAAAGUAAAAGUAGAGAAAGAAGAAAAGAAUCGACAGAUUCAAAAGAAGCUAAAAAAGAAAUAAUAACAGAAGAAUCUAAAGAAAAUGAAAAGAUGCAUACAAAGGAGGAUGAUGAGCCACCUGAACCAGACACUACACUUUUUGUAAAAAAUAUUAAUUUUUCAACUACAGAAGAGCAGUUGAAAGAUUACUUUGGUAAAUGCGGUCCUCUUCAUUAUAUCACAAUAGCAACUAAAAAAGAUCCAGAAAAUCCGACUAAUAAACUAUCUAUGGGAUAUGGAUUUGUGAGAUACAAAAGAAAACACGACGCGGAUCGUGCGUUGAAAACAUUACAGAUGUCAGUACUCGAUGGGAAGAGUUUGGAGUUAAAGCGAUCUGAGAGAACCCUAAUGUCUGAUGUCAAAACAGUGAGGAAGAAGUCUAAAGUUACCGAACAAACUAGUUCUAAAAUUUUGGUACGAAACAUACCCUUCCAAGCAACUCUUCAAGAAAUAACGGAAUUAUUCAAAUCGUAUGGGGAAUUGAAGGCUGUACGGUUGCCAAAGAAAUUAGUUGGCACUGAGAAGCAUAGAGGAUUCGGCUUCAUCGAGUAUUACACGAAGACGGACGCAAAGAAAGCGUUUAAAGCAUUAUGUCAAAGUACUCACUUGUAUGGUCGAAGAUUAGUGCUUGAAUGGGCACAGGCAGAAGAAGGUAUCGAAGAAAUUAGGAAACGUACUGCAAAACGUUUCUACCAAGAGAGUUCAACAAAGAGAUUCAAGAAAUCUACAUUAGAUCCUGAGAAUGUUGGUCUCGAAUUAAAUUCGGCUGAUAUAUAGAUAAAUAAAAAAAAAUAAAAAUAAAAAAAGAAAGAAAAGAAAAAGAAAAAAAAGAAGAAUAGUAAAUGAAAGAAAUGUUAAUAUAUAAAAAUUCCUAUGAUUUAAUGAAAGUUUUUUGUGCGAUUACGCAUAAUUUAAAAAUACUUUCUUUUCAAAUAUUGAAUGUCACCAUCAAUCGCAAUGCUAUACAUAUCGAUUUCCAUUUCUUUUCACAUUGGCAGAGAUUCAAGUCGAUCGAUAGGAAGUCGAAAGAAUUUAUAUUGCUUGAUAUUAACCAUCAUGUCACAUUUAAAUAUGACUUUCCUUUCUUUUCUGAAAAAAUGAUACUGAUUUCCAAUGAUCGAUGUGAUAUGUUUGAAUUAUUUUACUUCAUUUUAUGAAAUAACCAUA